UGCAUUCACCAAAUGGAGAGCACAGCCACAGCCACCAUGUCCGCCUUGAGGCGUUCGCUGCUCCUCCCAUGCACUACGUCCAUGCAAGCCACUCUCCUCCUUGUGCUGCUCCUUGUAAUCAUCGUGUCAUGCGUGCUGCGACUCGGUGCUCGUCGCAGCAAGAAAUUCGCUGAUGACGCGCACCACCUGCCGCCCUCCCCGUGGCGAUUCCCUAUCAUCGGCAACCUCCACCAGAUUGGCAGGCUCCCGCACCGCUCCCUGCGCGCGCUCGCCGCGGCCCAUGGCCCCGUCAUGCUCCUCCGCCUCGGCCAGGUGCCUGCCGUCAUUGUCUCCUCGGCGGACGCGGCGCGGGAGGUGAUGCAGGCGCAGGACCACGUGUUCGCCAACCGCCCGUCGCUCGCCAUCCCGAGGAGGCUCCUGUACGGCUGCGCCGACAUCGCCUUCGCGCCGCACGGCCCCUACUGGCGCGGCGUUCGCAAGAUGGCCGUGCGCCACCUCCUGAGCCCGUCCAGGGUGCGGGCCUACCGCACCGUGAGAGAGCAAGAGGUGGAGGCGCUCGUCCAGAGGGUGCAGUACGAAUCCCGCGGCGGCGGCGUAGUGCGUCUGAGCGAGCUCCUGAGCGACUUUGCCAAGGACGUGGCCGGGCGGAUCGUGCUCGGGCUGCGCGCCGCCGGGGACGACGGGUGGCGUGCCAGGAUAGACGCGCUGUUGGAGGAGUGCAACGUGCUGCUCGCCACCUUCCACGUCGGCGACUAUAUCCCGUGCCUGUCGUGGGUGAGUGCCGUCGACGGCACGGACGCCAGAGUGAGGAGAGCGUUUGAGAGAAUCGAUCGGAUCCUCGACGAGAUCGUGGAUGACGCUGGCAGGAGGACGGGAACAGGACCAGACAUGCACGACGACGCAUUCGUGCAUGUGUUGCUGUCGCUGCAAAAGGAAUCAGCCGGGACAGAGUGGCGCAUCAGCAGAGACAACGUCAAGGCGCUCUUGGAGGACUUGUUCGGAGCGGGGACAGAAGCGACGAUCAUCGUCCUGGAAUGGGCCAUGGCAGAGCUGCUCCGCGAUAAGGGAGCCAUGCAGAGGCUGCAGCACGAGGUAAGGCAAGCCGCGAGAAGCAACUACAACUCCCUGAUCACCGAGCAAGAUUUGCCAGCAAUGAGGUACCUGAGAGCCGUGAUAAAGGAGACGAUGCGGCUGCACACGCCAGGGCCCCUGCUGCUCCCCCGCGAGUCCAUGCAGGCCACGCGGAUCAGCGAGCGCUGCGACGUCCCGAGGAACACCAUGGUGAUCGUGAACGCGUGGGCCAUCGGCAGGGAUCCGGUGGCAUGGGAGUCGCCGGAGGAGUUCCAGCCGGAGAGGUUCAUCAACAGCGCGGUGGACUUCCGGGGCCAGCACUUCCAGCUGAUACCAUUUGGCGCCGGCCGUCGGAUGUGCCCGGGGGUCAACCUCUCCAUGUCCGUGGUGGAGCUCGCGCUCGCGAACCUCAUGGGCCGGUUCGAUUGGGCGCUGCCAAAGGGAGAGCCGGAGCUGGACAUGGAGGAGGCACCCGGCUGCACGUCGCGGAAGAGGGCUCCGCUCCGUGCCGUCGCUCUGCAGCGCUGAUCGAGCCUU